GGCAGCGCCGGCCGCGCCUGCGCCCGUGCAGCCGCCGCCAGCGCAGCAGGGCGCCGCCAUGCAGCAGACCAAACAGAACAAGAUCACACCGCUGCAGAAGCCGUGCGGCCUGGACCCGCUGGUGCUGCUGCGCGAGCGCGAGAACCGGCUGGUGACGCGCAUCUCGCACCGCAUCGACGAGCUGACCGGUCUGCCGGCCACCAUGGCCGACGACGUGCGGCUGCGCUCGCAGAUCGAGCUGCGUGCCCUGCGCCUGCUCAACUUCCAGCGGCAGCUGCGGAGAGAGGUGCUGGAGAUGACCCGCCGCGACACGAGCCUGGAGACGGCGCUGCACGUCACCGCCUACAAGCGCAAGAAGCGGCAGGGCCUGCGCGAGGCGCGCAUCACGGAGAAGCUCGAGAAGCAGCAGCGCUAUGAGGCUGAGAAGAAGAAGCGCCAGAAGCACAUGGAGUACCUGGCGGCAGUGCUACAGCACGGCAAGGAGCUGCGCGAGUUCCACCGCAACGGCCAGCUGCGACUGCAGAAGCUCAACCGCGCCGUGCAGGUGCACCACGCCAACACAGAGCGCGAGAAACAGAAGGAGCAGGAGCGCAUCGAGAAGGAGCGCAUGCGCCGACUCAUGGCCGAGGACGAGGAGGGCUACCGCAAGCUCAUCGACCAGAAGAAGGACAAGCGGCUGGCGCUGCUGCUGCAGCAGACCGACGAGUACAUCGCCAACCUCACCGAGAUGGUUAAGCAGCACAAGGAGGAGCUCAAGGAGAAGAAGCGCGAGCACGCGCGCAAGCACGAAGAGGACCCGGCCACGCGGCGCGUCAUCGUCACCAACACGGAGAGCGGCAUGACGCUGGCGGGCGACGACGCCCCGCUGGCCGUGGAGCUGCAGGCGUGGUUGGAGGCUCACCCUGGCUGGGUGGUCGUACCUGACGAGGACGAAGAGAUGGAAGAUGAGGAGGAUGAAAGUAAGGGGACGAACGGCAACGCCGAGGUGCUCACGGAGGAGGACAAAGCCAAGACGAUCAUUAAGAAGGCUAGGACGGAUGAUGACGAGUACAAGAGCAAGGAAAUGGGAGAGGCCAACUACUACAGCAUCGCUCACGCAAUCCACGAGACGGUGACGGAGCAGGCGUCCAUCAUGGUCAACGGCAAGCUGAAGGAGUACCAGGUCAAGGGCCUGGAGUGGCUGGUGUCGCUCUACAACAACAACCUCAACGGCAUCCUGGCGGACGAGAUGGGUCUGGGCAAGACCAUCCAGACUAUCGCGCUUGUCACCUACCUGAUGGAGAUAAAGAAGGUGAACGGGCCGUACCUCAUCAUCCUGCCACUCUCCACACUCUCCAACUGGGUGCUGGAGUUCGAGAAGUGGGCGCCGUCGGUGCGCGUGGUGGCCUACAAGGGCUCGCCGUCGGCGCGCCGCCACAUCCAGAACCAGAUGCGCGCGGCCAAGUUCAACGUGCUGCUCACCACCUACGAGUACAUCAUCCGCGACAAGGCGGCGCUCUCCAAGAACCGCUGGAAGUACAUGAUCAUCGACGAGGGCCAUCGCAUGAAGAAUCACCACUGCAAGCUGACGUCAGUGCUGAAUACGUUCUACGCGGCGCCGCACCGGCUCCUGCUGACGGGCACACCGCUGCAGAACAAGCUGCCCGAGCUGUGGUCGCUGCUCAACUUCCUGCUGCCCUCCAUCUUCAAGGCCGUCUCCACCUUUGAGCAGUGGUUCAACGCACCGUUCGCGACGGCGGGAGAGAAGGUGGAGCUGAACGAGGAGGAGACGAUCCUCAUCAUCCGCCGACUGCACAAGGUGCUACGACCAUUCCUGCUGCGCCGCCUCAAGAAGGAGGUCGAGUCCCAGCUGCCUGACAAGGUGGAGUACAUCAUCAAGUGCGAGAUGUCGGCGCUGCAGCGGCUGCUUUACAAGCACAUGCAGUCGAAGGGCAUCAUGCUGACGGACGGCAAGGGCAGCGGCGCCGGCCGCGGCGGCUCCAAGGCGCUCAUGAACACCAUCAUGCAGCUGCGCAAGCUCUGCAACCACCCGUUCAUGUUCCAGCACAUCGAGGAGGCCUACUGCGCGCACGUCGGCCUGCAGGGCGGCAUGGCCAGCGGACCGGACCUGUACCGGGCCUCUGGCAAGUUCGAGCUGCUGGACCGGAUCCUUCCCAAGCUGAAACACUGCGGCCACCGCGUGCUACUCUUCUGCCAGAUGACGCAGCUCAUGGCCAUCAUGGAGGACUAUCUCAACUACAAGGGCUACAAGUACCUCCGGCUGGACGGCACCACCAAGGCCGAGGACCGCGGCGACCUGCUGAAGAUGUUCAACGAGCCCGCCUCCGAGUACUUCCUGUUCAUGCUGUCCACGCGCGCUGGCGGCCUCGGCCUCAACCUGCAGACGGCGGACACGGUGGUGAUCUUCGACAGCGACUGGAACCCGCACCAGGACCUGCAGGCGCAGGACCGCGCUCACCGCAUCGGCCAGAAGAACGAGGUGCGCGUGCUUCGGCUCAUGUCCGUCAACUCGGUCGAGGAGCGCAUCCUGGCCGCCGCCAAGUACAAGCUGAACAUGGACGAGAAGGUGAUCCAGGCGGGCAAGUUUGACCAGAAGUCGACGGGCACGGAGCGGCGCCAGAUGCUGCAGAGCAUCCUGCAGGAUGAGGACGUGGACGAGGAGGAGGAGAACGAGGUGCCCGACGAGGAGACGGUGAACCAGAUGAUCGCGCGCAGCGAGGAGGAGCUGCAGAUCUACCAGCAGCUGGACCUGGAGCGGCGGCGCGACGAGGCGCGCCUGGGCGCCCAGCGCCGGCCGCGCCUCAUCGAGGAGUCCGAGUUGCCCGACUGGCUGCUGCGCGACGAGGCCGAGAUCGACGAGCUGACGCAGGAGGAGGACGACAGUGGCCUGUUCGGCCGCGGCAGCCGCGCCCGCAAGGAGGUCGACUACUCGGACAGCCUCAACGACCGCGACUGGCUCAAGGCCAUCGGCGCCGUGGACGAGGACGGCAACGAGAUCCUGGAGGACGACGAGGACGAGUCGAGCGGCAAGAAGCGCGGCCGCCGAGGCGGCUCGUCGCGCUCGUCCGGCGCCGGCCGCAAGAGCGGCCGUGACGACGACGACGACGACCGGCCCAAGAAGAAGCGCGGCAGGCCGGGCGGCUCGCCGGCGCCCUCGCCGCGUCUGCGCCAGAGCAUGAAGAACAUCAUACAAAUGCUGGUGGACUACGUGGACGCGGACGGUCGCGUGCUGAGUGAGCCGUUCAUGAAGCUGCCAUCCAGAAAGGACCUGCCAGACUACUACAAAGUUAUCCGCAAGCCCGUCGACGUUAAGAAGAUAUUCACUAGGAUUGACGAGAACAAGUACGCUGACCUGGAUGACCUGGAGGCGGACACGCUGCUCAUGUGCAAGAACGCCCAGGCGUACAACGAGGAGGCGUCACUGAUCCACGAGGACAGUAUCGUGCUGGAGCGGGUGUUCGCCAAUGCCCGGGUCAAGGUGGAGGCGGAGAUGGAGAGCCAGCCGGAAGUCGAGAAUGAAGAGAUGGAAGAGGAAGGAGACGACUCGUCCAAGCGCAAGUCUCGCGGCAGUCGGAACGGCAGCAAGAAGCGGCGCAAGCUGCGCAUCGUCGACGAUGACGAUGAGGAGGAAGAGGAGGAGGAGGAGGAAGAGACGCGCCCGGAGGAAGAGAACGAGUGAUCGGGCAAGGAUUGGACAAACGCGCCCGCGGAACUCCGUCGACAGCGAGCGGCCGUGGGCCAGGCGCUUUACGUAUUUAGAGCUCUGUUCAUCUCAGUCCCACUGACUCCGUACAAUGAUGGCAGCACGUCGUGGCUAUCCUAUCUCUCGCCGUGUAAUUCCUCGUCAGGUAUUAUUAUGAUUUGGCGUGAAUGUUCUUGAGAGAAGUGUCGCUUCGCCUGAUGUUGGCUUCCCGGAGGUGAUCGUGUUGCCCGUCUCACCGUAGGACUUUAAAGACCUUUUUGUUCUUAAGAGUCUUUAAUUGCAUUAUCAAUAUACUCGUAGCGGACCCUG